AAAGAAGUAGACGAGAGGUAAUGGAAACAUAUGGCCUCCACGCAAGUUCCUAAAACCAGCAAGUGGAUCCUUUCUUCAUCGAUUCGAAGUUGUCACCUCCCUUGAUUGAUUCUUUACUCUUUACAGCCUCUUUUCCCCACCUGCAGACCCCUGAAGCUCCCAUAAUAAUUUCUAUCCAGGUCUUUCAUUAGCAGAAUUUAUAGGGAGCAUUAGGAUGAAACUGCUGCACUCAUCCGUAAAACUUUGAUGUUGCUGCUUGCUUUCUGUUUUUCUUUUUGCCCAUCUAUAUCAGCUGUCUCAUAUUUUCUGUCUGGUGUCUCUGCAUUUUGCUUUCACUCUUCCUUUGCAUCUUUUCCUGGCUCUCUGGCUGCUCUGCCAAAUUCUGUCUCUUGUUCUGUGUUUCCUACUAUCCCUUUCAUGGGUUAGAACAAGCCCAGGGUGAGGCUAGCACUUGGCACAAGGUGGUAGCUGCUGCCUUUUUAGCUCUUGAUGUAAAGAAGAAACAUUGCAUCAUCCUGUGGAAUGAAACAGAAUCGCAGGAAAAAAACGUGUUCUUGUUCAAACGCAAGUAUAUGCAUGCUCUUGCAAUGAAAGAUGGUGUUCUCAUCCUCGGUUUUUAUCAGGAAUGAUGAACAGCUUACAUGUUAGAGAACAGCUUACAUGUUAGAUCAGUUAGAUCAUAAUUUUCCCUAAGGGAGCUGUAGAGCCCAAUCUCUGCAGCACUUGAUGUACCUCCGCUCCAAACAGCAAAGGGGUGCUGUCUUCUUAGCCUUCUUUUGAAGGGAAUGAGAGGUUGUGGAGAAUUGCCCUGAUGCUCGCUUUUCCCACAGGAUACUGAGAGCCCGGGGACAGAUCUUAUUCCACAGCAGAGGUGAAUAAAGGGCCCCUCUGCUGUCCUUAUUCCACACUGCGGGUCCCGCCAUCACUGACAACUCGGGAACAGCCUCCUCGGCUCGGUUGUCCCAGCAGCGCUCCUGCAGGCUGUGUCCCAGCCACGGAUCCCCCAGAAAGGAGAUAUUUGGGAGGAACCGAUCCUCCACAGCGGAGGAGAGGCAGAAGUCAUCACCCCAUCCCUCGCUGUCUCAUCUUCCUCCAUCUCUCCUGCUCCUCCUCCUGUCGCCCGUCCCAGCCGCGGGGCGCCUGGUGCCGCCGCUGCCGCGCAUCCCGGCUCGGGAGGCAGCGGAGCCGGGAGGGAGCCGAGCCCUUCUCCAUGGCGCGGCAGGAGGAGAGGGAGCUGCCGGGGCGGGGAACAGCCCCGCACCUUCUCCCGGGAGCGCAGCUUCCUCGCUGGCGGUGCGGAAGGAGGUCUGAGGAGGGGCUGUGCUGCUUCAGUGAUAUUAUAGACUCUUCCAUCUAAGGCUUUCCAUGUACUCUCGCUCCUGCCAUCCCCAACAAGACUGUGGACUUGUUUGAGAUGAUUGAAAAAAUGCAGGGGAGUCGUCUGGAUGAACAAAGAUGUUCUCUUCCAGCUCCUCUCAAGACGGAAGAGGAGUACAUUCCUUACCCCAGCAUCCAUGAGGUAUUGCAGAAAGGCUGGCCAUAUCCUCUCAUUAUCUUACCCCAGUUUGGGGGCUACUGGAUUGAAGGGACCAGCCACAACAUCUCCAGCUUGAAUCCAACUCUGUCUGAUGCACCCUUUCCCUGGAGUGGUAAAGUGAAACUGGAGAGCGACCCUACAGCCAAGUUGUACCGCAAACAUUUUCUGGGGAAGGAGCACCAGAACUUUUACUCCAGUGACAUGUCCUUGGGCUACCUGGUACUUUCUGUGAAGUAUGAACAGAGUGAGAAACAGGAAAAUCUACGCCUGUUGCUGAGGACUCGGACUGGUACCAAACAUGACUUGAUCCCCAUUUCCUGUCUGAAUGAAUUUCCCAAUGCUGUCCAGAUGGCGAAGCUACUGUGUGAAGAUGUGAAUGUUGAACGCUUCUUUCCUGUCCUGUACCCCAAGGCUUCUCAGCUUAUUGUUGCAUUUGAUGAACAUGUCAUAAGCAAUAACUUCAAAUUUGGUGUCAUCUACCAGAAACCUGGACAGACAACCGAAGAAGAGGUGUUCAGUAACACAGAAGAGAGUCUGGGUUUCCUAGAGUUCCUGGAUUUCCUUGGUGACAAGAUUCAGCUGCAGGAUUUCCGUGGGUUCCGGGGAGGCUUGGAUGUCACUAGAGGUCAAACAGGCACUGAAUCGGUCUAUACAAAUUUCCGGGGCAAAGAGAUCAUGUUUCAUGUGUCUACAAAGCUGCCCUUCACAGAAGGAGAUUCCCAGCAGCUUCAGCGGAAACGUCACAUUGGGAAUGACAUUGUAGCCAUUAUCUUCCAAGAUGAAAGUACGCCUUUUGUCCCUGAUAUGAUUGCUUCUAAUUUCCUACAUGCUUAUGUGGUAGUUCAGCUCACUCAUAGCACCACUGGUGACACACUCUACAAGGUUUCCGUCACAGCCCGAGAUGAUGUCCCCUUCUUUGGACCUCCUCUGCCAAACCCAGCUAUAUUUCGAAAGAGUGCAGAGUUCCGAGAAUUCCUCCUGGCCAAGCUCAUCAAUGCUGAGUACAGCUGCUAUCGAGCUGAGAAAUUUGCUAAAUUAGAGGAAAGAACCCGGAGUGCCCUCUUGGAGAGCCUUUUUGAGGAGCUGCAGCUUCGCAGCCGCAGUAUGAUGGGGUUGCCCAUAGGAGAGGAUGACAAGACAGAGAAUGGCAGUGGAGGCUUCCUCGAGAAUUUCAAGCGAGUGAUCAGAGGCCGCAGCCAGAGCCUGGAUACCAUGGGGAUAUCCAUGAGAAAGCAGCAGCCAGCCACCCUGCCCAGCCGGCCAACUACAGCUGGCCUUGCCCUCAGCCAGAGUGUCACCGAGGGCCCUAAGGCCAUUGCUGCGUCUUUUGCCUUGCCUGGUAGGAGCCCAUCACGUACGCGAGCCAGCCGCUUCCAUGGGCGAAGGAGUAGUGCCAUUGGCAUUGAGAACAUACAGGAGGAAAAGAGCAGAGACACUGCAGAGAGGAUACAGAAGGUGCUGGAUAGUCCAGGAACUUUCUUUGACCUGAAGUCUGAUGGAUCAUCCAGUCCCAGCUCCCCAGAGUUCCCCAGCAGGAAGAGCAAAAUGCUCAAGAGUCAGACUUCAGGAUACUGUGUGAUGCAGCCAUUCUCAUGUUCUUCAUCCAGUGUAAGCAGUUGUUGUAGUGGUUUGAGAGAAAAUGAAACAUCCGAGGAAGAGAAUGACAGGGAGCUGAUGUGCUCUCUUGAGGGCCUACCAAAACAGGAUUCAAUGAUUCAGAGUAUGUGGCUGGAUGACAGUGACUGCACACCCAGUACUUCCAGCUCACCAGGAAGCAGGUUGCUUCCUUCCAGCAGUGUUGCUGGCUCCACUGGAAAAGGAAAAGGCAGCAAAACAGAUGCUCAGCACCAUAAUCCAGUAAGUGCUUUAAUAAAAUCUUUCUUUCUCACUUGCACAGAGAUAAGGAUGGGAGAAAAGACAGUGACUUAAUUUAGGAGGCUUUGCUUGCUGAGGGUUGAAAGGACAAUAAGAAGGUGCUUGCAGGGGAAGGUUAAAGAACUGCCUUGUUCUGCAGGCCUCCAUUUUGUGCUGUGUGUGAGGUCACCGCGGGAGGACUGUCUCAGUGCACGCUGGGUGAGGACAGGUAACGUAUGUGGAGAAGCGCCAUAGGUCCAUGGUUCAGGGUGGACGCAUGCCCCUGCGCCAUCCCUGGCCUCACUGAAAGAGUGCAGCAAGUACUGUAUGGCUUCACGGGAAAGAGUUAAUCCUAUAUGUAGGUUCCUUCCUUCCCACAUGAUCAUCCAUGGCUAGCUGAUUCUGGCCUGUUUGAUCUACCUAAGCUCUGCCUUUCCCUCUCAGGGAAAAGUGUUUCCCAUUGAGACACCUCUCUCUGCCAUAAUCUAUGCUCAGGAUUAUUGUCUCCUUUUUCUUUCAUUGUUCAUUUUCCAUUGCUCAGAUGCUGUCUAGCUUUCUCUGCACCUAUCCUCUGCUUCCUAUGGUUUGAUAAUUUUACUGAAUUGCUUUCUUUUGCACAUUUAGUGACGUCGUGCCUAUCUUCACUUGCUUGUUUGCUUUCAGCCCAGCAUUGGUGGGACCUACUUUUCCAUGCCAGUUUCACAGCUUUUCCAGACAUGGGAAGUGGAACUGGAUCUCCUGGUGAGGUCUGUAAUAGAGCAAAGGGGAACGGAAAGCCAAGUUUGUUCCCUAGUGUUCAAAGGCCAGUUUUGCCUGGUAGACCCCACAGUUAAGCCACUUAACAUCUCUUACUAUUCUUGUAUUCUGUUAAUAUGCCUUCAAUGCGAUUAGUCCAAUUAUCUCAAUAAUUUCCUUGGGCAGGUCCCGUUCACUGCACUCUGUAAUGCUAUAGAGGUUUGGUUACAAAUUUUAACUCUGUAGGCACGUUUCCAACAUCAAUCCACUUUCUACAUUGAGGAUUAUAUACCCUUACAUAUAGUCACCUGGGGAGUGCUCAGCUCAACCGAUCAUGCCAAUAACAUCAGUUGUUGCCAUCUCCAAGGCUCAGCAGAUUCCUCCUGACUGGUGACUGGAACCCAGCCUGGUGCUGGAGUUUUUCCUGCGUCACUCAGAGUCUCUCUUAUGACUCAAAGUCCCCUUCCUUGCCCAGUAUCUUCGCUACUUUAAAGUGAUGUGGAUGUGAGGCUCUCAGGAACUAGUUUGGUAUACAGCUAAGUAAAAAGGGAAUCAUCUUCAUAGAAGAAUAUUCUUCCAGCUGUUCUUAAGUAGCUGGCAGUUCUUACUACUGCUUAGCAUCUACCCCUGUGCCUGGUAAAAAGACGCAACGGUUUAGAUCCUCAGUGAUGUUUCCAAGUCAUGCUCAGCUUUUAGUUGCUCUGCCACCUGGUGGCAUUCAGAGCAGUCAGAUAAACAGUUCAACUCCCUGCGGUGGUGGCCAUUGGUGUCGCAGCAGACUGACAUUUACAGAGAGAUCAGAAAGGGAAGCCAGAUAUCACUUAAACGCACCUCAUGCCAAAGACGAGUAGUGAGAAUGACAGUAGCGCUGCAAGACAGUGUUUUCUGAGGUAAUCACCGAGCGAUUCUAUUACUCGCUGAUAUAAAUGCAAAGGCUAUAACCAUGUACUAGUGGUUAUCACAGGCAAGAAGCAAUGUAAAGGAAAUUCUGAGUUUGCAUUCACCUCAUCUCAGUAGUGUUUAAGUACUAUUUUAGUAACUAAGGCUUUGAGCAUUUAAUUUUCAUUCAUUUCAAGUAGGUCUAAUAGCCUUUAAGAUCAUUUGGGGAAAUAGAUAGAAGUUUCAUUUCAUUUGGUCCAUCUGCCAAAUUAGCAACGUUUUGUCACAAAGACUUCUGCUUUUUUUUCAGUCAGGCUGUUUCAAAGAACAAUUUUUCACAAGACCCUGGCUUUUGCAAUGAGAUUUCAAGGUGCUCCUUGCAUUCUCCCCACCUCCCACCAGAGUUCAUUACCUCCACCAAUGUGCAUUUUUACCCUUUUCUGGCAGUGGCCCCAGGGCACUGGGGUGGUCAGCUUAAAGUGAUUGUUCAGUCAUUCCAUUUUUUUAACUUUGGGAUCAGUUUGAUAGCUGAAACAGGAGACUAGAAAAAUUUCAAAUGGGAAAUGGUAAACAAUUUCCUUAAUAUGGCUUCAAAAGAGUCGAAGAAACAUAUGGCAUCCACAUACAUACAUUCCUCGUCAUUCCAACUCCUAAAUGAACGCAGCCACUUGUACGUCACAAAGAUUUCCUUAAAUUCCAGGCUGGAUUUGCCCCAAAACUAAUGGGUGCAUUGGUAGAAAGGAGAAAGGAGUUCUCAAAUUAUAGGAUGUGUGGUGGAUAGCUGAAAGCAGUGUAAGAAGGAAAAAAUGGUGAAUGGGUGAACAAACGAUACUCCCAUAGCACUAACAGGUCUAAGAACAUGAAGGACAGAUUUGUUUUUUUCUGAUGCUUUGUUCCAGGAUUUGCUGUUCAAGUGAACAAACAUGAAUAUGCUUUACCUUAAAGUUCAGAAAGAGGCAAACCCCAGAAUUCCAGCUGCUGCUAGUUCUUCUGCUUCCUUCAGUGACGCAUCAGAGACAGCCAAGAAUCACAGAGGAAUCAAGCCUCGUACAAAUCAAAGUGACUUGCGUGUUAUUCCAAUUCAACCAAUACAGGGCCAGGUUCAAACUAUUUCAAUGUGAAAUUUCUAACUACUGUAACCAGAGAUGAGAGUGAAAAAUGAAGUGUUUUGGUUUUAAUUUGUUUGUGUAUCUUUCCCUCUGCAGACUAUAGGAUGGGAAAUCCCUCACAGCCAUAACCACAUCCCUUUUGGAUAGGCAGCAAUUAGUCCAUCCUUGAGGAGGCAAAACACAGUUCCAGUUUUCAUUUUCCAACUAAACUUACAUGGUAUUCAUCACGGAAGAGAGUGGUCUUCUGAAGACAUUACUGUAAAACUGGCAUUAAUCAACUGGGGUUGAUGCCUGAUGAUGCAUAUGUGUGGUGGUCUUCUCAAAUGUUAGUCACUACAGAGCAAAGUGUUUAAAAUCCUGUCCAGGAUGGGGUUAGCUCCUUUUGAAAUGCCUGACUCGUUCCCCACAUUUUUCUCUAGGCUUGAAUUGUCCCCUUCACUUCCACUCUUCUUUCUCAUGUCCCUUCCAAGGGCUACGCUGCAGAGUAAAAGGCAGUGUGAGUACCUUGUCCUGUGCUUCUAGUGUCUAUUU